UUAUUUAUUAGUCAGUCAGAAGUAAAUAGACGCCACAUUUUUAUGGGCGCGACCAUUGACUUAUUUAUUAAUUAUUUAUUAAUUUACAAAAUAAUUAUCGUGUGUUCAAUGACUAAUUAUUAUUAAUUAUUGAUUAUAAAUAAAAAAUAAAAGGAGAAAAAAAUUUAUAACCGCAACAAUGAAACAAAUAUUUUUUUUGUUAUUAAUUAUUGGACUAUUUUAUAAACAAGUAUCAGCUGCUGGUGGAUGGCUACUGUGCUACAAAUGUAACAGUAAUCAACCAGGAUGUGGUACUCCACUUAAUUGGUUAUGGUACUGGGGUGAAUACUGUCCAGAACCUGAUGACGUAUGUGUCAAAGUCAUCGAACGCAAAGGAGCUGAGACAUUAAUUACACGUGAUUGUUUGAGUACAUUGCGAGACUUUCGUACUGAUAUACCAGCAGAUCACUACGAAGGAUGUCGUCCAGCAGCAAAAGAUGUCCGACUUGGACACUUUGUAAACAACACGAUCAAGGAACUCGAUAUCCAUCGCGAUUACUAUGACGAAGUUAACUGGUGCUUCUGUUAUUUCGAUAAUCGAUGCAACUCCGCCACCUCGUUAUCGAUUACUCAGUCUAUUAUUCCUUUAGCUUUUUUUAGUUUUAUAUAUAAAUUUAUUUUAUAAAUAUUUCUGCCUAUCGAUUUAAGAAAGUCCAUUUUGUUAAAAAAUUUUUGAGAUUUUAUAAUUUUAACUUUUUUUAUAAAUUUAAUUACAAGUACAAUGAUACCGUCCAAUUUAAUUAAAUAAGUGUAACAAGAUUAAUUAUGAUAAAAAAAAUCUCGUCCAAAUGUAAGAAUUUUAUAUAAAUUUAUAUAUAUACAAAUAUAUUUUUAAAUGUUAAC